GAGAAAUCAGAUCAAAGCCAAUGAUCGGAGACGUUGAGAAGAUGAUCGCGGUGGGCCUCGUUUGGGGCGCCACAAACGCCCUAAUGCGCCGCGGCGCUCUCCUCUGGGACCAAGCCCUCAAAUCUUCCUCCUCGGCCCAGGCCCAGGCCCAGCCCGGCCGAAUUCACCACAAGCUUCUCACUUCCCUCAAGAGCUGGCUCAAGCUCCUCUCAAUCUGGCAGUACACAGUCCCCUUCUUCGUUAACCUCUCGGCCUCCGCUACUUUCUUCGCUAUACUCAGCCACACCCCAAUCUCCUUGGCCGUGCCAGUCACCAAUGCGACGACGUUUGCCGCCACUGCCGUCUUUGGGUGGCUCUUGGGGGAACAGACCCAUCUCGGCCUCGCUUUGUUCGGAUCUUAAGGGAGAUAGGGGAACAAUGAGCCUUUAUUGGGGAAAAGCUUUUCAAUUCAGAAGAGCAGUAUGUAUGCAUGUGUGUCUCCAGUCAAACAGAAAAGAAUGAUUUUUCACCCUUUUGAGACUGCAAAUGAAGGUGCCUCUACCGUAAGUUAACUUACACAAUUUCAGUGGGGUUCCAAUGUAUGGUGUAGUUGUGGAAAUCAGCAG